UCCUCCGUCCUGACCGCAGCCGCUUGGCCCCACCAAAGCCUCCUGCAAAGGCUCCGAGGGCCGCGGUGCGCGCGGGGCCAGCGGCGGCGGCGUCGCCUCGUGAUGACGUCGUCGCGAUGACGCGGCGCAGUGACGUGAGCGCGGGCGCCGUUGUUUGGGAGCGCGGCCGGCGCGCCCGUUUUGAAGCUGCCCUGAGCAGCGCGGGCCGGACCGCGCCCCCUCCUCGGUCUCCCCGCGCCCCGCGAGUCUGCGCAGUUCCCGAGGCGCGGGCCUUGUUCCCUGCGCCGCGCCCCCUCAGCGGGCGGGGCUCGCAUCACGCAGGUCCGUCCGGGCCGGACCGAAGCCCCCGGGGCGGGGUGCGGGCGUUCCGGGGCGCCCCGGGCCCAGCCCCCGCCAUGCCGCCCGGCAAGGUGCUGCAGCCGGUGCUGAAGAUGAAGGUGGACGAGCUGUUCCUGUACUGGCUCAGCGAGGCCAGCACGCAGCGGAUGCUGCAGGAAUGCCUGCGCCGGAUCAAGGCGCCCGGGCGGGACCUGCCGACCGCGGGGGACCGGGAGCUGCCCGGGGCCUGGCCCGCAGCCCCGCUCGCCGCCCCCAGACCCGGCGGGCUCGACCUCGCGGCAACCCCCGGCCCGGGCCCCGCGCUGCCCCUGGGCGCCGCCUCCAGCCCCAGGAACGCGCCCCACGCUCGAGGCACCCGUAGAUCCGCAGGGACGAGAGUAGUUCAGACGCGGAAAGAAGAGCCUCUGCCCCCGGCCAGCAGCCAAAGCAUUCCGACCUUCUACUUCCCCAGAGGACGCCCGCAGGACUCGGUCAACGUGGAUGCCGUCAUCAGCAAGAUCGAGAGCACCUUUGCCCGCUUCCCCCACGAGAGGGCCACCAUGGGCGACAUGGGCCUGGUGGCCAAGGCCUGCGGCUGCCCCCUGUACUGGAAGGGACCGCUCUUCUAUGGCGCCGGCGGGGAGCGCACGGGCUCCGUGUCCGUCCACAAGUUCGUCGCCAUGUGGAGAAAAAUCCUCCAGAACUGCCACGACGACGCCGCCAAGUUCGUCCAUCUGCUCAUGAGCCCUGGCUGCAACUACCUGGUGCAGGACGACUUCGUCCCCUUCCUGCAGGACGUGGUGAACACGCACCCGGGGCUGUCGUUCCUGAAGGAGGCGUCCGAGUUCCACUCGCGCUACAUCACCACGGUCAUCCAGCGGAUCUUCUACACCGUGAACCGGUCCUGGUCCGGCAGGAUCACCUGCGCCGAACUGCGGAGGAGCUCCUUCCUGCAGAAUGUGGCGCUGCUGGAGGAGGAGGCGGACAUCAACCAGCUGACCGAAUUCUUCUCCUACGAGCACUUCUACGUCAUCUACUGCAAGUUCUGGGAGCUGGACACGGACCACGACCUGCUCAUCGACGCGCACGACCUGGCGCGGCACAAUGACCACGCCAUUUCCAGCAAGAUGAUCGACAGGAUCUUCUCGGGAGCAGUCACGCGAGGCAGGAAAGUGCAGAAGGAAGGGAAGAUCAGCUACGCCGACUUCGUCUGGUUUCUCAUCUCUGAGGAGGACAAGAAAACGCCGACCAGCAUCGAGUACUGGUUCCGCUGCAUGGACCUGGACGGGGACGGCGCCCUGUCCAUGUUCGAGCUCGAGUACUUCUACGAGGAGCAGUGCCGGAGGCUGGACAGCAUGGCCAUCGAGGCCCUGCCCUUCCAGGACUGCCUCUGCCAGAUGCUGGACCUGGUCAAGCCGCGGAGCGAAGGGAGGAUCACGCUGCAGGACCUGAAGCGCUGCAAGCUGGCCGGCGUGUUCUUCGACACCUUCUUCAACAUCGAGAAGUACCUGGACCACGAGCAGAAGGAGCAGAUCGCGCUGCUCAGGGACGGUGACGGUGACGGCGGCGGCCCCGAGCUCUCGGACUGGGAGAAGUACGCGGCCGAGGAGUACGACAUCCUGGUGGCCGAGGAGACGGCGGGGGAGCCCUGGGAGGACGGGUUCGAGGCCGAGCUCAGCCCUGUGGGGCAGAAGCUGAGUGCCCUGCGGUCCCCGCUGGCCCAGAGGCCGUUCUUCGAGGCGCCCUCGCCCCUGGGCGCCGUGGACCUGUACGAGUUCGCGUGCGGGGACGAAGACCUGGAGCCGCUGUGAGGCCGCCGGGGACCCCACCACGGGGUCCUCUGCACGUGCCGCGGCCACCGCGGCUUGUGUAAAAACUCUUGUCUUUUGUGGAAAGUGCGUGCGUUUGUACGGAAUGGUAAAUUUUUAUUUAUUCACAGAAGCGUGUGGUGUGAAUUCGGGCGCGUGGACCGCCCCGGACAGGAGCCUCCGCCACAGCCCGCGUGUUCUGUGUAAACGGACAAGAGCGUU